GGUGAGCUGCUGAGCCCGUGCCGGUGUUCUGGCUCUGUACGUUGCACACACCAGCCGUGCCUAAUCAGAUGGAUUAGCGAGCGAGGCUCAUGGAGCUGUGAGCUGUGUUACUUUAAGUACCAGGUCCUAGCAAUCAGCACAAAGAACCCACUGCAGUGGCAAGCAAUCUCCCUGACGGUGAUUGAGAAAGUGCAGAUAGCUGCCAUCAUCCUUGGUUCCCUCUUCCUAAUUGCUAGCAUCUCCUGGUUGAUCUGGUCCUCCCUCAGUCCAUCGGCAAAGUGGCAGAGACAGGACCUGCUCUUUCAGAUCUGUUACGGCAUGUAUGGCUUCAUGGACAUCGUCUGCAUUGGUCUCAUUAUUCAUGAGGGAUCAUCUGUGUAUCGAAUCUUCAAGCGCUGGCAAGCGGUUAAUCAGCAAUGGAAGGUACUGAACUAUGAAAAAUCCAAGGAUCUUGGGGAAGCCAUUAGUGCGGCUAUCAACAAGGCCGGGGGAAGGAAUUCACGGACAAACCACUCAUCAAACAAUGACAGGAGUUCCAGGAGCACCCAGCGCACCGGAACCAUUUUGAACCAUCACUGUGGAUACACUAUUCUGCACAUUCUCAGCCACUUCAGGCCUAACGACCAUCGGAACAGUAACAACUCAAACAGAGAACUGGUCAUGCGUGUUACAACAGUGUGAAUCCAAAUAAAAGUCCAUAUUGUCAUGUAAACCACUGAGGAAGCUGAAACCCAUGGGGAAUACACAGGCCAAAAGCAAAUGUAUCAUUGCUGGAUUUCAAAAGAAAGUUAUUUGAGGCUCACCGAUGACAAACUUGUUUGUAAUCUACAGCAGCCUUGGCAUGUUGGACUACACUGGGUGCAAAGCCUCAAACUCCAUUCCUGGAAAUCACCAACAUUUUUUUACAUUUUUUAAAAUCUUAAGUUGAAGACAAGUUUUUGAAACUCUAGACCCAGCAUUUUUAUAAAAAAAACACAAAAAUAAACAAAAAUCCCCGGAGGGCAAUGGAACACAAGAUGGUUUGUUUAAAACUGGCAAAGAAAGGCGUACCAUAAAAGAAGAUCAGUUCCGAAGUGCUGUGGGAUGUUGGCAAUAAAUUAUCUGUACAGUUCACCUUUAAGUUAAUGCAUGAGAGUAUGUUUUUUUUCUCCUCCCAUCUCCAUCUGGGAGAAAAGUAAUUUAUAUGCAAAUGGUGGACUGCAAAUAAAUUUCUGUUUUUUAGGAAC